AUGAAUGCAUUGGGGGGAUCUAAGGGGGAGCGUAAUGCCAAGCCCAAAUUUGCAGCAUUAGACAUCAACAAGCUCUACAUAACUAGCCGAGGCGAAUCACUAGAACCAUCGACACAAAAGAAUGCCGCUCCUCGUAAACAUGGAAUGCAAAGUUUGGGAAAGGUGCCCUCGGCCCGUCGAGCACCGGCAAAUCUUCCGUCGUUGAAAGCUGAAGUAAGCACUCCUUCUGACCAAGCGGGUAGCUGGGGCAUUGAACAGAGCAGUAACGAUACCCAGGGGCAAAAUAACGGCAACGGUGGCAAUAAGUCGACAUCCUCUGGUAGUAAUAAUAACUUAUCAGGUGGCGCUGCACACUCAAAUAACAACUCACUGUAUCAGGCAUCUCCGAACAUUGCUUCUUCUGCGUCAACAUGGAGCACGAACGAGUUCCCUUCUCUGGACGACACUGGCUCAUGUGGUACCAACGCCAACAAGAUGCAGCAACAGCAAGAUCAAUACCCGAGUGGCUCUCAGAUGAAUACACGAUCCCAAGCAGAUGCAAGUUGGGCUCAUCAGCAUGGAAACGAAGCUCGGUCAGGCACAGGAUCCUCGGUGAUGGACUCUGGAGCGAAUGGCUCAAAAGGAUUGAACAACAAUCAGCAUCAGUCUUCGAACCAGGAUGCAAAUGCUCCACCACUACCACCACAAUUUCGGGCUUUGCUGCCUCCUUUUAUGCGCGGAAGCGACGCUGGUUCUACAGGAAGCGUAGACGGCGGUGGUCAGUCGUCGUCAGCUCCUCCAGCAGCACAGGGUCAAGUUCAUGUAUCCGGUCCACCGGUAGCGCAGACUCAUCGGAACAAUGGCAACAGCAACUUAUCCGGCUUUGGUCAGCCUCAGAACUAUGGCUCUCAGCAUCAUUCUUCUGCAUCGUCAGACCAUCAGCAGCAACGAUUUGGAUCGUCAGGAUUAAACCAAUCCACCGUACCUACAACUGCAACAGGAAGGAUGCGCAAUGCUGGCAAUGGAAACGUCGGCGCCGGUGGUUCGGCUGGAAGCCAUGAACGGGGAAAUGGAGGGGUAGGGAUGUUUAACGACCAUCAGUAUGCAGGAGGGCGACGUGGUGGUGGCGCGCCCCGCCACGGUCACCGUGCAGGAGGGUCCGCCAAUGCUUCAAGCGGUGGUCCUUAUUCAAAUGCAACUCGUGUUAUCGGAAGUGGCGGUGCAGAUAGCGGUGAAGGCAACAAUAAUCCUGGCUUCCCUGAUGACCAUCGUAAUUUGCUUUCAUAUGGAGGUAUUAUGAUGGAUCAAGAAUCUAUAGUCGUACGACCUAUCAUCCGAGACGAAGAACUGCAGCGGCUUGAAGCGAUUUCCAAGGACGAAGGAUGGGCCAAAGACUACGAAUUUGAUUACAACCAGAAGAUAGAGUUUUCUGAUGAUGAAUCGGAGCCGAAUCUGCCGUCUGUUGCGGCCAAAGCGAGCAACGCGACUCAAAGCACUGUAAGCAACAUAAAGGCCGAGAACAUCAGUUCCAGCCACAGCAAGCAAGUGGAAUAUGAUAAACCGUAUGACAAAGAGCGAACUAAGGAACGCGAGCAUGACCGUGACCAGCGUGGUAAUAGAGAUCGCGACCAGCGGGGCCCACAGAGUGGAAUGCAUCCUAACGGAGGAUAUGCUGCUCGCUCUGCCGGUACGGUGUCGGGUAGCUCGAAUGUUGUGGGCGGUGUUUUGGAUGCUGCCGAAGCUAAGGAGCGUUUGAAGCAGCGCCGUGAAGAAGAUCAAAAGCGCGAGAUGGAACGUAAGCAGGCGGCUGCAAGAAAGUUACAGGAACUUGAGCAAAAGCUUAGUCGCAAAAAGACUGAAGAUUCCACGAGUGGUGCUGGUACUUCGGGUAAUGCUACGACAGCUUCUCUGGCCACGGGUUUGGCCACUAUCAAAUCGGAAGACGGCAAAACAUAUGUCAAUACUGAGCAGCAACUAGCACAUGAACGUGCUCCUUUGACAAUUAAAAGGGGUAAAAGUGGAGAAAGAUCUGAUAGUAGAGAUACUCGCUUUGAUUACAGCAACACAAGAAACGAGAGAGAGCGAGAUCGCGAAGGAAGUAGCGGCAGCACCAAUACGAACUGGGAUGUCCCUGCCUUUUCGAAGUCAUUUCAAUCUAACUUGCCUCCGCGCUUCCAACGUCGUAAGCAGGAAAGAAACGCUCCUGGACCUAAUAUACCGUCAAUGAAUGCCGCAAGUAAUAACGUUGGCUCUCGAUCCUCUAACAUUGCCCCCGUCAAUCAUGCCUCGAGCACAGGGCGAGAGGGUGCCGAUGUAAAGAUUGGGAUUCCGUUUUCUCAGCAAUACGAUCCGCGAUUCAUCCAUAAUCAACAAACUUACGGAAAAACUACAAUCAUUGCGCGUCGUACAGAUGGUGAUGCGCCGCCGCCUUUAACUUGGAGUAUUUCACGUGAUAGAGAAGAAAGGGAGUACGAACGUGAGCAGCUGUCAGAUCGUGACCGGGAAGGUGAUCAUGAGCGUGAACGUAAUCGAGAGCAUGAUGGUAACGUUCCGCAUGAAAUUUUGAAGCGAAAACUAGAUUCUGAAGAGGAUUCUGAUCGUUUGGGCAGCAUUGGGUCUGAUGCUCCCAAUACGAUCAAAGGUGGCCGUGUUACACCGCAGCUGGCUCGCAGCACGUCUGAAAGCUCUCAGCGUAAAAUUAGCGUUUCUAGCGACGAAAACCACCACGGGCAGCAGUAUAGUCAACAAAAUAUCCCAUUUUCAUCUGCAAAGACUGGCAACAUUGCUCGUGAAACAUCAUGGGAUCUUGAUGGGGAGAAAGAUGACCAUUGCCUGUUGUCCUCAACAACUGAAGACAAGUCUUUGAUGUUACAAAAGGAACCAGUUUCGUCUAGUGGCGAUCGACACCGCGAAACACCACCCUGUUUCGAUCGUGAACAGAAUCAGCGUUCGAAGAAAACGUCUUCGCCACCAUUGCAUGAUGGCGAUAUUAGAAAUGCAGAAUCAAAAAGAUUCAGUAUUGCACCGUUCUCUCAACCUGAAAGUGGUUACGUCGGUAAGGCAUCAGUAGUUUCCCAUCGGAAACAAUCGUCGCCAGCUGAUACUAAAAGUGCUGCCAAAUUGUGGCCAGACGGUGCUGAUCAAGCCACAGUUGAUGGACAUGGCGUAAAGGUGUUAACAAAGCUUUCUUCGAUGGAUGAAUGUUCAAAUGGGAAUCUAACAACAUUGUCCGAAGAAGAUGCCAUGUGCACAACGGCCAACAAGACAACUAGAACAGAUAGUUCAGAAGGGUUAUCACUGAAAACAUCGACUGCCACUAAAACUAUAUCUGUUGCUGGCAAGGAAGCAGAUGAUAAACAUAGCAUAACAGCAAUGCAACAACAUGUUGACAGUAAGAAAUUCGUAGCACCUUCUCAACAACAGCGAGCACGUGAUCGUAAGCAGGACUCCCGUGGUGCUGGGCCAGGGAUGCGAGGUAGCUAUGGAAGUGGAUACCAGCGCGGUGAUACUGGGUCGAACAGGGGAGCCAGUGGAUAUAUGAGAUCUCGCGGUGGUGGUAAAAUAGGCAGUCGUAAUUACAAUCAAGACUACUGGAGUGAAUCGGAGUUUUCGGAGGAAGGUUUCGAUGACGAUCCGCAAACGGGAAAGAAAACGAGUGGUGGUGGAACUAAACAACAGCAUAGUUUCCAGCAACAUCAGCAGCAUCAAUAUCGUCAUUCGGGACCACUACCGGGUGCUGGAACCAAAACUACUGCACAAGUUAGCAACAUGGGUACGAAUGAAGGAUUUACUCCGCGUGGCGAACCUUCCCGACGUGGCCGUGGCGGUAGCACUGGAGGUGCUUCAUUGUCGUCUAUGUCAUUCCGCAAAACGCCGAGUGGUGCUCCAAGUACUGCUGGGAAUAUAACUAAAAAGGUCGACGGCUAUGGACCACCGAGUUCCAAGAGUCCUUUUGGUGGAGGCGAUGCUGGCAUGAACAGCUCAUCUAAUGCUUCUGGUGCUAGUGAUGAUCGUAUUAAGGUGAAAGUGUCCACUGCCAGCGGCAGUGGUUGUCCAACUGCCGUUUUGAUGCGAGGUUGCACUAAACUUGUUACUAUUGUCAAAUCAUCAGAUGAGCAAUUAGCAAUGCAAGGCGAGGGCAAGAAGUCGUUUACAACUGUCGACGGAGAAAAAAAGCUAAUUGGUGAACGUGCAGGAGAGCACAAGAAAAUCGAAUCACAUGAUGGUGAGGACCAAACAAAAACAGAAUCCAGCGGAGUUGCUGCUCCCACUGCAGAUAUUGCAAAGCAACAAUCUUUUGUGAACGUGACCGGUCAGAACGAUAAACUAAAAGCGGGCGUGGGACCAAAUGUCAAAGGAGCCGCAAGCAUUGGAAACCACAAUUUGAUCCAGCAUUCAACAGUAUUAAACAUACAGCAGGCUCAAUCCCAAGGCACAUCAACAUCCGGUGGGGGAAGCAGCUCUGUGGAUACUUCCGUUUAUCGCGGAGCCUCUUCGUCGACGGCAGGAAGUGGACCUGCUGAUCGAAACUAUCGUGGCGGUAGCGGCCAUCAUGCAACACGUUUAGUGAAGCAGCAAAAAGCAGGAACCGGCGAAGGCGGACGAGUUCAUAGUUCGGUGGGUGAUGCCGGAAAGACUUCCUCAGAUCCAAAUGAAACUUGCGAUUCUGGCACAAAAGUUCUGUCGCAAAAUGAUCGAGAUCAUACGGCUGAGGCUAUGGCGUCCUCCACACUAUGUACCGAAGGAAGUUCUCUCAUUCAUAUUAUAAGCGGAGUGCAACAAAUACCAUCGACACUAAGUGGCGCUGAAAGUACACAGCAACAACAGCAGUCAUUGGUUGAUAAAAUGGCCAACAUGAGCGUAUCGUCAAACGUAAAGACUGAUAAUAAUAAGCAUCAUUUGGAUGGCAGCACACCGCCUGUUAAUACGAUCAUUUUUGAAAAUACGAACUACAAAUCGUCCGCGGUCGCUAUGGCGGGAGCAAGCACAUCCUCUAUUGGAUCGCCCCUAAACACAGUUGGUGGUACUGGCAAUAGUAGCACCAUAAAGAAACGUAAUCAAGGCAGCAACAAUAGUGCACCGAGCUCACUAGGUGGCAAAUCUGUUGCAGAUGAUUCGUCGUUCAAGAAUGCAGUCUCUUCUCAUGAAGCAAAAUCGCACCAACAAAUUGUGGGCUCUGCUACACAACACCGAUCCGGUUCAUCAACGACGACAGCUGUUGGUUGUGCACAAAGUGUUCUAUCAUCAAGCCUUCAGCAACAUCCGAAGCAACAGCAGACGGCAAAACCUGUUACUAGCACAUUGCAAGGCAUAGCAUUCCAAAAUGCGGACGCCGACUAUGGUAAAGAAAUGAAAUCAUUUUCCUUUGAGACGGACAUCAGUCAUUUGAUCGAUGGCAGUAAGGUGAUCAAACAGUCCACGGUUACAGCACCGUCUACGGCGUCGGUCGGUCUGUGCGUGUCAAAGUCAAUCCACACAACUGGGGCAACACCUUCAGUGCAGAAUAUGAUAUCACCAUCGACAGCUGAGCUGAACAUGAAAAUAGCAAGCGUUAAAAAGGUUUGGGAAAUGCCAACCGUUCCAGAGCAGCCGGUUGGAAUGUCCGAUGAAUCGACCAUACCGGGCGCAGGAACGAGUGGUGGCCCUGGUACCGCCCCUGGAGGAGUACACAUUUCACCAAACUUUGUGUCAGGCCCACAUCAGCCUCAUCUAUCACAGUUUCAGCAUGCUAUGGUUGGUCACCAUAACCAGCAUAGUGCGGUCCCAUCUUCAUAUGGUUCUUUUACGCAAGAACAGGGAACAUUGGAUCAUCACCACUUCAACAAUAGCAGCACCAAAAGUAGCACUAGUGGGUCUGACGGAGGAAUCGUGCUUGGAGGAACACCUGGAGCAAACGCUGGUGAUUGUAGUGAUAACGCUGGCGGAUAUGGAACGGGGCUUCAACAUCAGCAGCCGCAGCAAGUGCAACCUCUUCAGCAACAGCAACAGCAGGUGGUACACCAGCAGCAAGUGGUUCAGCAAGUUCAACAGGUACAGCAACAACAGCAACAAACGGUUCAACAAGCUCAACAGGUCCAGCAGCAGCAAUCUCACCAAGCACACCAACAACAGCAUCUGCAGCAACAGCCCCAACAAUCGCAACAGUCUCAACAGCCACAGCAGGCCCACCACCAUCAUGCGCACCAGCAGCAGCAACAACAGUCGCAACAACAGCAGCAGCAACAAGCUCAGCCGCAGCUUCAACAGCAGCAUCAGCAUCAGCAACAGCAUCAGCAGCACCAUCAGCAGCAACAUCAGCAACAACAUCAGCAACAGCAGCAUCAACAUCAGCAUCAGCAACAUCAGGUGCAGCAACAUCAACAGCAGGCACAACAGCAGUUGCAACAGCAGCAACAGGUGCAGCAACAGCAGCAUACUGGAGCCGUUGCCGGUCAGCAUCAGACAGUUGCAGCUGGCAUGAGCGGACUAAAUAAGCACCCGGUUGAUGUACUGGCCGCGGCAGCAGUUGCGAACAAUGCUAAUGUGUGCAAGGUUAAACCUACUCAGCAGGGAAUGCAUCAAUCUGGAAGUCUAGGCCUUUCUCCACCGCCGCAGAUGCCUAGUGGAUCGAUUCCAUCCGCACCGCAACCCUACUAUCCGGCACAAUACGGCGUAUCGGCGAUACCGUCACCGCCGGCAGUGCUCUACAACUCUGCCGCUACGAUGACAUCACAAGGUGGACUCUACAAUGCAUUCCAGCUCGAAGCGAGUGGACGUUCACAGUUCUCUCAGUUCCCGACGCAUUACGGAACUUCGGGUACCGCCGGACCGUACAAUGCCUAUAUGACAACCCCAACCAAUAUCCAAACUGCUCCAGCCCCAGAAAUGUAUCAGAGCCUAACAUCGCAGUUUCGCAUGGGCUCCGUACAGUCACCGUACACUAACCAAUCGUCACAGCUGAAUAAUCCCAGCACCAUGCUAAUCUCAUCCAGCAACAGUUCUUUAAUGUCGUCAACGGUUAAGUCCAACUCACAGCAAAUAGGGGCGAUUGGUUCGAAGAGCGGUGGAACCGUGGGACAACCUCCAUAUGGGCAGCAAUAUUUGGGAAUGUUUUCGCCUGCACCGUUGCAGAACUCGGCCGCCAGCUAUUACUCCAGCACGACCGGUGGACAAAAUGCAUUUUUCGGUGCCGGCGCGGGUACAACGCAAAGUUACGGAAUUCCGACAGCAGUAGCAGCGGCCAACAUGUUUGGCGGCCAUGGCGGACAGAAUCCAUCUAUGGCUCCCCAGGCGCCACCACCACAACCACAAACGCCCAAUUACGGAUCACAGUUCCUUAGCUCGCCGUUAUUGGGAAACAACCCGUCAAUGGGGCAGCAGCAGUACCGUGGCGGGCCAACGAAUAGUUCCCAAAAUGCGGCCGCUGCCGCAGCUGUCUUUUUAAAAACGAAUCAACAAACAUCGCAUAUUCAACAGCAACAGCAGCAGCAGGAUACAUGGGAUCUUCAGAAUCAGCUGAUGCAGCAGCAACAGGUUCAGAAUCAGCAACAGCAAGCGGGUCUAUCAGCACAACAGCAACUUUCCUCGCAAGGCAGUCAACAGACGCAAGGUGGCCAACAGCCCAACCAUAACCGCAAUCUGCUACCUCCGAACCAUGUCGCCAAUCAAAUGGUCGGUGGUGGAGGAAGUGCUGUCGUGGGCGGUGGUGUUCCCGGGAGCGGUGCUUCUGGAGUGGUCGUUGGAGGUGGUGGAAAUUGCGGUAACGUCGGUCGAUCUUCAUCACAGGUGCAAGGACCAGGAUCUUCGGGUGGCCAACGUUAUCCCUCGCCUAUACAGAGACCAACGAAUUACACGCAACCACCAGGAUCAGGACUACAGCAACAGCAUCAACAACGGUCCAACCGGCAGGUAACGGGUCACGCUCAACAGGGGGCAGGUGGAGGAGGUGGCGGGCCAUCGCCAGGAGGACCUAAUGUGGGUCAAGGCAUGAAUAACUCCAACAAACACUACUAUGGUGGCAACCGUGGUUAAAUUGAGUUUCAGAAGUUGGUUCAUGUUGACAGGCAAAAAAGGUGCGAAUCACUGGAAAGGAGAAUGGCAAUGAAAGCAGAGACCACAAGCUGCACAAUUUUCUAGCAAAGCAUUGUUUUCAAAGAUUACGUUCAAAUUGUAUUUAUAAAAGUCGUGUUCCACAAUUUCUCCGUAAGUUGCGUAAAAUGUAGAAUGUGUGUUUGUCAUAUCCAACCUAAAUGAUUAUCUUUGCAGGAUGAGUUGAGCUACUUCAGUUCAGAUUGAUGUCUUAAAUGGGCCUUUCAUUUUUGCUCUUCCGAUUUCCUUCUUCUUUUCUGUGUGAACAACUGUUUGGACAAUUUGCGUGUGGGGUCUGUAUGGUGUAAUAUGGUUUACUGCGGUGCGUCUUUUGCUCUUCUUUAAGAUUUUUGCAUUCAAUAUGCUACAACUGCCACCUACUCUUAGAUAGAAUGUCCUAGUGAAUCGGUAAAACUGAAGUUCACUUUAAAUUUAAAUAAAUCGAGCAAACAAUGAGAAAACAGUUCAUGAAAACUAAAAGCUAUGGAUUACACUUAAUUCCCUUUUAGCCAUGAUACGGAAUGGAGAAGGAAAAUCGGCAUAUAAGUGUCAAAUGGCGUGAAGUGAAAAGCAUUUACAUUUACUAGGCAAAUCCUUUGAAAAUCUACGCCUCUGUCAGACAAACACACAUGAACAUAAAUUCAUAUAAGCUGAUCAUUAUCGAACGAAAUUUUUGCACGAAACACACAUUUUUGCAUGCGUAUCCUGCGGAAUUACCACAAAUACGCGUCUAGGCAUAUUGCGUGGGGUAACGUGCGCGAGGUAGCAUUAACGUGAAACAUUUCCAUUUUUAUGUGGUGAGAUUUCGAUCGCUCAGCUAACAUGUUUUUUAGUUUCUUGGGCGGUGCAACAAUGAUACCUACCACACAAGUCCACACGAAUACGAACUUAGAACGCUAGCUUUUGUGUACGAAUAACAUUGGUUCGUAUUGUAGGAAACAUGUGUAUGUUUAUACAACAAAAUAAAGGCAUGCCGACAGGUUGGUGGUGGAAUAAUUUAAACCUAUAACAGGUAUCAAAAUAUUCGAGCAAAACGAAAUUCAAUUCCAUUUGAUAGUAAAUAUACUUUUAUGAAUCUACCUGAACGCCAUUGUAUAUUAUCAAAUAUUAAUAGGAGCUUACACAGAACACUUAAUCCAAAUUGUAACCCACCAGCAGAAUGGGAAAUCAUUUUCGACAUAGUGCGAGUGAUGGGGAAUAAAAUACACUACAUUUUUCUUACAUUUGUUUAUACCGAUUAGGAAGGUCUUAUUUAAAAGCUAAUUGUUCUUAGCGAGCUAUAAAGUAGCGAGGCACUGGAAACAGUUUCGUUGAACCAUCAACGCCAAAACUAAAACUUCAUGUACAAAACAUGACGUGCGUUUGCGUAACACGAGUUAGUGCUAUUCACUGAAAGACGGAAGGAAUGGUAUGGUCAGUAUAAGAGCGUUAUGUUAGUUAUGCUUGACAAUAUUCAAUGAAGUACCGGAACGACCGUGAACACAUGAUUAAACUUUAAUACGCGCCACUCGUUGAGGUGGUUUGUUUUGAGCCUGAUAGAACAUUUGAUAGCAAUGAUUUGAAAAGUGACUAUUGUUUUGCUCUUCCAGCGGUAUUACUCAUUUCUAUUCACUAUGGCAUGCUCUAUUUAAUCAUUAAAUAAGAAUUGCAGUUUCACAACCUGUACAAACCGUGCAAAGCCAUUGUAGUGUAAAGAAAAGAAGGAAAAGAAACAAUUGCGUCAGUUGAAAGUAGUGUUUACGUAUAUCCGAAAUAGUCGAUUCGCCGACUUGUGCUGAGCGGAUCGGGGAAACAUUUCCGAACAAACAUGUUACGCUCAAUUGUUACGAUACCCGGCUGUUGGACGAACUAAAGCAUCGCUUGCGUUGCGAAUGUGGAGCAUUGUCGUACGAGCUAGAUCUUACUUUCAUCUCAACAGAAACGUGAAAUAGUAACCACGAUUGGUCCAAUUUGACUGGAUUACCGUAGUAGUGACUAUACGUGUGUGGCCCCAACCCAAAACUGUGCACUGCAGUGUCACAGAUAGUAUCUAAUAAAAGAACUACCAGAACACUCUGCUUGAAACCUAUUCGAGGCAAAAAUAUGCCAAAAAUUGUGUUCUAGUAUGAAACGACAUUAAAUAUCUUUUCGGAUUGUGCAUUGAAAACGUCAAGCAAAGGGGGUUCCUUGAGUUUUUGUGAGUGUUGACUCUCUCUAAUGGUCUCUAUGCAUCGCCUGGUAGAUUUUCUGCUGACUACUUUAAUCUUCGUACAUCAAAGCUCCAAACUUCACACUGAAGAGCGUGACCGCGAGAUUCGCAAUCUACCUGGUUGACAACAGCAACGCUGCCAACUAAGCUAAUAAUCUUAGGAGUAUGCGGUACGAAAAUUAAACAUCAUUGGGAAGUUUAUUUAAACGGCAUUGCACUCUAGUAAUAAGCAUUGUUACUAAAACAUGGUGGAAUUUAUUUAACACAAUAAAACGCAAAACAACUUCGUAGAGGCUUGAUUAUGCUGCUUUCGGCAUGAAAAGAAUGAUAGAAAUCGUCUAGGAAAACUUGCAGUUACACUUUUAUUCACGGUCUAAACAACACACCCGCUAUUCGACUCAACCAAACUAUGUCAAGUAUCAGAAGUCCAGUAGGCUAGCUCAGUCUGGACAUGGGCAAGGACACAGGAUGUUUUAUAAGCUGAGCACCGUCCGCUAGACGCUGGUGGUUUGUAGUUGCCUCGUAUAAAGUAGCGAUUCUCUGAGCACCGUCAAUGAAAUGAACUCCGGAUGUUAAAGUGGAGUAGAAAUUGAGUCUGUUAAAAGCCACAAGCAAUGCAGGUAAUGUUUAAAAAAUUAAGCAGAUAAGAAACUGGCGAAGGGUGUGCUGUUGAAGUUCUUGUGUGUAAUUUGAUGUGCAAAAAACUGAAUCCUAAUUAAGCUAAAAACAGCUGAGUUUCGUGUUUGUAGUAAACACAGGAUUACUUAAAAAAGAAGCUUGUAUAAAAUGGGGCAACCUAUACAUGCAAGUUUAUGUGACCUUCAUUUGAAACGAGGCCAUAAUGGCCUUUUAGAUAUAUAAUUUAAUAAAAAUCAUGAAAAUCGUUCGUAUGACUAUAAUGAUGUAUAUGAAUAAAACAAUGAUUCGGUAACAGAGUUAAAUC